UACUUUUCCCAUCAUCUCUUCGAAGUGAAGCUCCGAUAGGUAUAGAGCAACCAUGACUCGAACUUCCCGUGGCAACCCUUGACAUACUGAGUAUGUAACUUACAAUGCAUCAGAUCAGCAGGAGCCUGAGCGAGAUGACUCGAUCAGUGCCUUGCUGGCAGUUUCACAACACACUGCAAUCCGGUGCUCCCCAUCGCAUAUUCGUUUGAGUUUCAUCAAAGGUUCACUGCUGUCUUUAUUAUAAAAAGGACGAUUGAACGUUAAUCAAAUGGCCACACACUCCGAUGGAAUCCUUGUCUCAGCUUCUGGUGUCAGCACUCCUGUUGAAACUAACGGGCAUGCCACCGUCGAGAAGGUCGUCAAAUCCCUUCCAACAGACUUCUACACAGAGUUUUUGUCCGAUGCUGCCAAAGCACGGAAGCCCAGUCCCAUUCGUGCGCUGUUCCCAUUGGAAAACAAGCCAGGUGUGAUAUCGCUUCUAGCAGGAAAACCCAACGAUGCCAUGUUCCCCUUUACUUCAUUAUCUUUCAAUAUUACCUCCCCUACGGACCCAUCGCAGGAACAGUCAAUCUCGCUAUCUGGAAAGGAUCUUUCAGCUGGCCUGCAAUACGGUCCCACUGGCGGUCUUCCUCGUCUCCUGAAGUGGUUCAUAGGAUUGCAAUCGCUCUCUCAUGGCCGGAAAUCGGGCGAGGGAUGGAGUUUAACCAUGGGCAGUGGUUCGCAGGACUUGAUUUAUAAGGCGGUCAACGCUUUAGUGAACCCCGGAGAUACUGUUCUCGUGGAGUCUCCAGUGUAUGCUGGUGUCAUCCCAAUGUUUCAAACUCUACACUGCGAGCAGAUCGAGGUAGAAACGGACGCGAAUGGGGUGUGUUCUCAUUUGUUACGCGAUAUUUUGGAGAAUUGGCCUGUUGGAAAGCCGAAGCCGAAGGUCUUAUACACGGUGCCCUACGGCUGUAACCCUACCGGUAUGACCGCGACUCUUGAGCGUCGCAAAGAAGUGUUGCAACUUGCACGCGAACACAAUUUCUUGAUUCUCGAAGACGAUCCCUACUUCUACCUGUAUUUUGGGAAAGCAGCUCGGCCGCUGUCGUACUUCCAGCUGGAACUUGACGAGCCUGAAGUCGGCCGGGUUAUCCGGUUCGACAGCUUCUCCAAGAUUCUCUCCGCAGGCAUGCGCCUGGGCUUUGCGUCGGGCCCGAAGCCUAUCAUCGACGCAAUGGACUUGCAUACUGCGAUGGCCAACCUGCAAGCCUCAUCACUCAUUCAAGCCAUCACCCUUGCACUGGUUGAGGAAUGGGGCUAUAACAAUUUCUUCGCUCAUACGCGGGCCGUUGCCGACUUUUACCGCGAGAAACGCGAUGUGUUUGAGUCUGCUCUGAAUGCGCACCUCGGUGGACUUGCGGAAUGGUGCACCCCUGAAGCGGGCAUGUUCUUCUGGUUCAAGCUACUUCUCUCACCAAAUCAAACACUCGGCGUAGAUGAGGGUGACUCAGAAGACCUCAUACGAACCAAGGCAUAUGAGGGCGGUGUGCUCGCACUCCCUGGCACGGUCUUUCUUCCCAACGGACGUAAGACGGCAUUUGUGAGGGCCUCGUUCUCUUUGUGUACGGAGGAACAAGUGAAUGAAGCUUUGAAGCGCCUCAGAGCUGUGUUGUUGAAGGAGAGAGGAGAAGCGUAGAAGGGUUGGAUCGACUGCAAAAUACCAAACACGUAGAUGCUCUCAUUAAUAUUCUGUCAAAGCAAUCUAGUUACCCUUGGACACAUU